GCGCUGAGGCCAGUGGCGCGGGACGUGAGCGGCUCCGAGCGGCGCCUGCGCGGCGGCGGGAUGGGGAGCCCGGCGGCGGCGGACUGGGGCGCAGCUCCCGCCAAGCGGACGCGGCGCGAGGGUUACCCUGAGGGGUGGCGGGGCCCGGCGGCGGAGAGCGACCGCUGCGACCCGCGGCUGUGGGACACGGAGCGGCUCUGCCAGUACCUCUCGAGCUGCGGCGGGGGCGAUCCCGACCUGCUGCGCCGCUUCCGAGAGAGCGGCGUCACCGGGAGCAUGCUGCUGGACCUGCAGGCUUGCGCCUUCGAGAUCACCGGCGUCUGCCGCCCAGCUGAGAGACUGCAAGUGUUGGCCUGCCUGAACAAACUGAGACAACAGCAUGUGGACGUGAUGAAGGUUUUUAACGAUCCAAUUCAUGGGCACAUUGAAAUACAUCCCCUUCUUGUUCGUAUCAUCGACACUCCUCAGUUUCAGCGCCUCCGAUACAUUAAGCAGCUUGGUGGCACUUACUUUGUUUUUCCUGGAGCCUCUCACAACCGUUUUGAGCACUCUAUAGGGGUAGGGUAUCUAGCAGGAUGCCUGGUUCGUGCACUGAAGGAGAGACAACCUGAACUGGAUAUAACUCAGCGAGAUAUCCUCUGUGUAGAAAUUGCUGGGCUUUGUCAUGAUUUGGGUCAUGGGCCAUUUUCACACAUGUUUGACGGAAGAUUUAUUCCACUCACUCGUCCAGAUUUGAAAUGGAAGCAUGAAACUGCUUCUGUUAAAAUGUUUGAGCACCUGAUCACUUCCAAUAAACUAGAAGGAGUCAUGAAGUCGUAUGGUCUUGUCCUGGAAGAAGAUAUGAACUUCAUCAAGGAACAAAUAGGAGGGCCUAUAGAGGAAACCGCUUGUGGGAAAUCGUGGCCUUACCGUGGUCGAGAAAAGGAGAAAAGUUUCCUGUAUGAGAUAGUAGCUAACAAAAAAAAUGGCAUUGAUGUUGACAAAUGGGAUUAUUUUGCAAGGGAUUGCCAUCACCUAGGAAUCCAGAAUAAUUUUGAUUAUAAGCGAUUACUUAAAUUCACUCGGGUCUGUGAAGUAAAAAACCAGAAGCAUAUCUGUACGCGUGACAAGGAAGUUGGAAAUUUGUAUGAUAUGUUCCACACACGGAAUUGCCUGCACCGGCGAGCAUACCAGCAUAAGAUUGGCAACAUCAUUGAAAUAAUGAUUACAGAAGCAUUACAAAAAGCAGACAAAUUUUUAAAAAUAGAAGGCUCUGGAGGAAAACUGUACCAGAUUUCUACAGCAAUAGAGGACAUGGAAGCCUACACUAAGCUGACUGAUAAUAUCUACUUGGAAAUCCUGCACUCAAGUUGUCCAGACCUGAAGGAGGCACGAGAAAUUUUGCGUAAAAUAGAACGGCGUGAAUUAUACAAGUUUUUAGGAGAAACUCAACCUGAAACAGCGAGGGAAGUUGUAAAGAAUAAUAGCCUGGCAGAAAGCAUUGCUAAUUCCAAGCCAGAAAAGGAUCCUCCAGAUGUGGAUCUUAAAGCUGAAGAUUUCAUAAUUGAUGUUAUUAAUAUGGAUUAUGGAAUGAAAGAACAGAAUCCCAUUGAUAAUGUUCUCUUCUAUUGCAAGGCUGAUCCUUCCAAGGCAGUCAAGAUCAGCAAAGAACAGGUUUCAAAGCUUUUACCCAUGAGGUUUGCAGAGCAGGUUAUCCGGGUUUAUUGCAGAAGUCAGGAUCCAUAUAUUGUUUCAGCUGCAAAACAGUAUUUUAUUCAGUGGUGUAUAGAGAAGGAUUUCACCAAACCACAGGAUAGUGAUGUGGUUGCCCCUCAUCUAACUCCAAUGAAGGAAAGCUGGAAUAACACAAGAGAUGAUGAACACAUGGCAACUUCUGAGCCCAGCUGCAAACAAAGACUUCCUUUUGAUAAGUAAACACCCUGAAUUUUGCACUAUUUGUUUUGCUUCUUCAGAAGAUGAGUAAACCUGAGCAGCACCUCCUUUGAAAGCCAGUUGGGUGGGCUGUAAAAAUGUAUAGACAAUACAGAAAUGCAUUUUACAAUACGGUAUGUUUUAAUGUAGGUACUUAAAGUGCAUAUUCCAAAGGGACUUUUAAAAAAAAAAAAUAAUUAACAACCUAUUACAGCAGGGCAAACUCAAUUCUCGUUUAUUUUUGAAUGUAUUUGCACUCUGUAGCAAGAGUAACUUUAAAAAUUGCAAUUCAUCAUUGUUACAAGAAGUACUGAAAACACGUUACUGUUCCUUCUAGUCCUGAGCCCUUCUUCAGAUGAUUGUGGUAUUGCAUGAGUAAGCAGAAAAACUUCCAGCUCAGGU